AUGCACGCGCACUCACGUGCUCAUUCGCGUCCGUGCGCGCCUCUUGAGGCUACUCACACAGCUCAUAAGCACGACGGGCUACCCUUUCUUACUCAUAAUUCCGGCUGCAUUAUGACCACGUCGUUUUCUAGGGCGAUUAACUGCGACAAUCUUUGGCGUCCAUGGUACAUUAUCCUGGUGACCUGUUUGCAAGUCUUUAUGCUCUACUCCGGGAUUGCCCGCUACAUUGCCUUCAAGGGGCACUUUUUUGAUCCAAAGUACGGGGGUAAUUGGAAUCCAGCAGCAAUGAAUUUCUGCCUCGUGAUGUUAAUCACAGCUGGUUUUUUUGUGUGCCUUUUCAUCUACACCAGCUUGACUCGUGGAUCAAACCUUGCAGGCGAGGGAGUUACCCUGGGGCAGGAAUUGAUUGUCUACUCUUCUGGCCCGUUUCCUUGGCCCCAGCAACCCCAUUCUCAACAGGACGGAAGUAACGCUGGUCUGUAUGCCACGGCGAAUGGAGUUCUUGGAAGGGGCAACUUGAGUGCUGGUCUAGGUGUUUUGGGAGAGGAAGACGGAGUGCCGCCUUUCGAUACGUGGUCCGCUCGGAGUGCGGGUCACAUUCCGCCCAGUGAAUUUGCGACCUAUCCUGGGCCCCCACCGAUGUUUAGAUCAGUGACUUCAACCACGGCACCGACUGCCAUCGGACGGAAGGGACGUUGGCUUUCUCUAAGUAUCCUAUGGAAGCGGUUCAUGCGGCGAUUUAUUCCGAUGUCUAGUCUCAUGCAUGUACUUUCUGCCUACGCAUUCUUCCUUCCGUUACCGGUUCUUGAAGCCCAGCUUAUUCUCCAUCAUGCACUUCCUCCUGAAAAUGUUUGGAAAAGCAAUCUCAAUCCAAUUCUGCCCUUAACACCAGCUAAUGCAAUGUCGGUGGAGUUCUUCAAUCUACUCUUUGCAUUCGCCGCCUUAGCUCUCCGUUAUCCCGCAGUCUUUUGGCGAACCAACCGUGCUUUUGCGUUCACCUUCUCUCUCUUGCUCACCCUUCUCGGAGUACACGGACUUCUAGAAGUGAACUCGGCUGAAUUGCUUGUCAAAAUUUGUUGGAAUAAUAAGGAUCUCGCUUCCUCGCUAGCAGGGCUAUGUCAGGUCGCAGAAGAAGGAAAAACGAAAUCGAGUCUUAAAGAAAAUCUGGCGCCGGCACUUUUUGAAAAACCUGCAGACGAUCCCGAGGGACUUCGAAACGCCUUGGCACUAUUCCUUUCCACAUUCGGCACUCUCGCGAUGCUGUUCCUCUCAUACAGUGUGUUCGACUUCGGCAUUGAACAGUUUGCUGACAGGAUCUCUACACUGAGACGAAGCGCGAUAUUCGGCCCCCCUUCUCAAGAUGUCGUCCCAUCUGACGCAGCGUCGAUCCAAGGUGGAGUCGGCGGCACGUGCGGCUUGAAGUCGACGCAACAAAGAAGUAAACGAAGGGCGACGAUUGUACGACGGUUUGUAGCCGUGACAGGGGCCUUUUGUGCCCUCACGAUAAAGAUGACCAUCUUGGUGGCCUGUGGACGGGUCUUCGAAGUCAGUCGGAGGCCGCUGCUGCUGGCAAAUAUCGUCGCGACCAUCGCUUUCUUCAGCGUCUGGUUUAUUACCUGGUUUGCAUUCUGUCUCAAACCUGAGUGGAAAUUCAAGGUGACCUAUUCUCCUUCAUUCCAUCCGAUGGCCGCUCAUUCCACGGGCAUAACCAGUAACUACUUAUCCCACUCCGCGACCUUAGCCCGUCUAGAAGGUCGAGGUGGGAGUGGUGGUGGUGGUGGAGGCAAUUUGCUGGCCACGUUUUCUGCCCCCGGGGCAAAUCGAGUUCAACAGGAUGGUGGUGCUCCAGGUGCCACGGGGACUGGGUCUCGUCUCACCUCCGGGAGCCCUGUCUACGCCUGCUUUCAUGAUGCCGCAGCGGGGGGAGGACCGUGCCGACUCGCCAGUGUGAUGCCGCCACCUCCACCUGCUGGCCAGUCAACAAGAUCGGAGAGAACCGUGCAGCAGAACACUGACUGCUGCAGCGUUGAUACAGAGGGGAGUAGUCGCCAAAGUGGUGAGUGUACCAACAAUUACGUGUGCCUACAAAGCUCCCUGAAUGCCACAAACUUACUUGGAAUAAACGCAUUGCGCGACGGAACGAUGCCCCAGUCCCAAUCAUUGGCAAACGGGAAUCAAGUUACCGUGACACAUUUUGAUCAACAGACUCCUGGACCGGCAUCACAAGACAGCACAGAUCCCUUAAGUGUAUUGCGUUAUGCCUUACGUUCAAGUGAACUUUUACCUCCUGCGAGCCUCAGUUUUAUGAAUGCUGGCUCCUCCUUUACCGCCCAGGGAUGUGGUGAAGCUGAUGCAGGUCACCUUAUAGUUGAGAAUGUUCAUGAGCCACCAAGCAUUCAACGUCAGUCCUCUUCAGAACAGACCGCCGCAAAAAUCGAUGACUCGAAGCAAACCCAGCUACGAGUCACCUUCAAGGGCUUGGUAGAAACUAUGAAAAGCUCACCUAAUAUAAGUGAAGCCAGUUCAUCAUCGAAUCCCAAUUCUUCUAGCGACAGUGGAAUCGAUAACCACGGUCCACCAGCGGCCACCACCACAACCACUGCGAAUACAGGUUCCCUGUUUUCCACCUUGCCGAGUGCGUCUCGAACAAGUCUUAACCUCCCAUUCAGAGGUGGAACGAGGAACCUGACAGCCGAGCCAACCUACUGCAACCAGGAGCAAAUGUCCUCUUCGUCUACUUCAACUCCACGAUUAUUUGAGUGCCCUAGUAUGCCACCUCUGAACCUGCCGCAAAAUGAGGCCGGGGAAGUCUCUUUUGCUAGCUUGUCGCGCAGAUUCAAUCUAAGGACAACAUCAUUUCAACUACCAUCACCAUCGCCAGAUCCUGGAGACGCACCUGCAGGAGGCGAACAACCGAUGAGUCGCUCCGUCAUAAUCGGGCGAGACGAAAGAAUGCAUACAGUAUCUGAUGAAUCCUUGUCCUUUACAGAAGAAGAAGCCAUACGGUUGAGUGAACUUGACAGUCUUGAAUUCGGCUUCCUUCGACUUGAUGCCAACGAAAAUCGGCAAUUAUUAGAAAGAACGGUUUUCUAUUUGGAUAGCAUUAUUGCACGUAAAGUGUACAAACUUGAAGAGGCCAGAGCAAAGGAAGAACACGAUGAACUCCUAGCCAUUGACGCAACCCAAGGUCUUGGUCCUAGCCCGGCUGAAAUAAGACUCAAAAUUUAUCGUAAAUACACCCGAUUGCUUGAUGAAAACGUUCCACCUUUGAUCUAUCUUUUGCUUGGCCAUUAUCAACUUCUCCUCAACCUUUACGAUGAUGCCUUGUCUGCAUAUACAAAGUAUGAAUCACUAGCCGAUGAGAAGAGUCGACGGAACGUGUCUUUCCUUUACGGUCUUGCAUUUGCUAUUCUCUUGUUUCAACAAAUUCUCUAUCUUCAACCAAAUUUUGUCCGUCGGAAAGAGGUUCAUAUUCGUCUUGGCUACAUUUACAAACUGAGGAAAGACCUAGAGAAAAGUCUCAGGCAUUUCCGCCAGGCCCUGCGUGAUGAAAGUCCUAGUACAUGGAGACCUGUCGAAAUCCAGUUCCAGAUAGGUCACUUACUUGAAGUAUGCGGCCGUAUUAAGCAAGCCAAGGCUACAUAUGAGCAGAUCCUCGAGAAUUCUCAGCCAGACGCUGCAGCUCACGUUCAACAUCUUUGCUUACGGCAGCUUGCCUGGGUUUAUCAAACUGGGGGCAGCAGCCAUAUUGCAGGAAAGGGAGAUGUUGGCUUAAAUUCGACGGCUAAUAAAGAACUAGCUAUUCAACUUCUGCAGAAGGCUGUUGAUUUGGAUAACUCGAAUGGAAAAACAUGGUAUCUUUUGGGUCGCUGUCAGGCUGCUGUAAAUCGGGUACAAGAGGCCUUUCGAGCAUACCGCAGUUCCAUUGAUAAGACUGAAGCGAGCGCAGAUACUUGGUGUUCGAUUGGCGUCUUAUAUCAAGAACAGAAUCAGCCCAUGGACGCCCUACAGGCCUACUUUUGCGCUGUGCAACUAGACAAGUGUCACGUCACCGCAUGGGUCAACUUGGGCACCCUUUACGAAAGCAUGCAUCAGUUUAAGGAGGCGGUCAAAUGUUACACAAACGCCGUUAAUGCCGAUAAACGGGAAUCGGUACGUUUUGAUUUUCGGCUAUGCUGCACUUUAUUAUAUCACCAGGGAAUUCUCGUAUAUUUUGUAAUUGGACCUUCUUCUCCUAAAGUAGGCAGGUUUUUAUUCUUUCAGAUUAAACCGCAAGUGAAGAAUCGUUUAGCGACGCUACAGCAGCUCCUUCCACGCCUUCCUGAAAAGGUUUUGGCGGCUUGUGGUGGUGGAGGAGAUACCAGUCUGGUCAAUACUAGUGGAACCAACCCUCCUGCACAGACGAAACUUCCAACUGUGGAUGACGCGUGGGACUUACCUAUUCCAUCGGAAUUGACCCAAAGGCAGGUGCAACUUAUGCUACAGGAGGCUAAUCGUUCGCAGUGCUCUGCGUUUUCCAACAGUGGCAACCACUGGGCCACAUUGAUCAGUAGUAGUGCUCUAAAGCUGGAAGAAGAGAAUGCGGAUCCGAGUGAUGAUACACUGGUGAACUGCGAUUUGCCGUCAGCGCCUAAGCAACCUAAAGUGGAGGAAGAAGAGUGUAAAGAACGUUUAUCUACAAUCCCAUCACCCCCUAGCUCGCCACCCUCCGUAGAAGAGGUCAGCACGCUAUACACUCUCCUGGAUCAAGGAAAUGAUAUAUCAGCUAGUCAACGCCGUCAGUUCCAGCACAUACACACGAAAGCCCUUAACUACCUUUUGUACAAAAAGCGUCACCCUGAAAAUAUCACACCUUUGACAGAGGACCCAUUUGUCUGCGCAAGUCGCCACAUUUUUAAGAAUCAGACCAGUACCGCUUCCUCAUCAGAAGACGCUGACGGUUCUUCGGCUACAAAUGCCUCCAAUUCAAGACCUGGUGUUCCCACUGCUCUAGUUUGUGAUGCUUCACCGAAAGACAACGCUGAAAAGACGAGCAUCGCUGUCGGCCAACAGCAACAAGAAGAGGCUACUGUUGCUGAGUUGUUCUCAGCGGCUGCGAAUGAGGGCAGUCUGGGCGCCGACCCACUGCCUGAUGACGAGUUCGCCCUACUCAGUGAUGAUCUCUUUGCUCAGCUGAACGGAACAGGUGAUGAUCUGGAGGACAUUGCUCUCUUCCAAAAUCCUACUUCUGGCAGUGGAGGGGGCGACGGUGAUUGUGUCGGGGCCACUAAUGUGGGUCCGUCCGAUCGAAACCCGCCGCCUCCUCUGGGGGACACAAAGUGCCCUGGUAAUGAAGCACAAGGUGGUCCCACGCAGAUGAAACGUGAAAGUGGUUCAGCUGGACAAGACCAAAGCGAGCCUUCGGCAAGUGGCCCCUCGCCACCCAAACCCUCCACUCCGGCCAAACUUGUGAGGAAUUUGCAGGCCUUUUUGACCAAGCCACUUGUUCUUCCGAGAAGUCCAACUGCUGGAUUGGAUGUCUCUAUGACUUCUAAAGAGAUUCUGGAUGCAAUCUCUGGUAUCGGUCGCCUUGGCGGCCCAUGGUGGAAUAGUUUGCUUCCAGAAGGCAGUCCUCUGCCUUGUCCACCUGAAAAGCCUUUCCCUUCGUGUCCGGCUGACAAACUCCUACCACCCACACCUAGCGUUUAUCUUGAUAAGCGAAAAGAUGCAGUGUCGCCGGAUUUGGCUCGUUUCUGUCUUUCACAACCCGUCGUGGUUGUUCGUGGGCUGGCUGCAGCUCUUCGAAUGGACCUAGGUCUUUUCUCGACAAAGUCUCUUGUAGAGGCCAAUCCUAGUCAGCGAAUUGAGAUUCGCACCCAACCAGCAAACAUAGGAGAAAAGAGUCGUUUCUCGUCCGUGUCUCCUGUAUCUUUGGGAGAGCAGAGUCCCUGGUAUCUAGAGUCACCGCGCUCUCAGACAACGAUUUUUCGCUAUGCCAGGUAUCAGGCCGCGUCGUUUAAGGAGGCGUUGAGAGAGGAGAAACAGGGAGUCACCCACCACAACUCUCCCUCUGCCGUCGCUAGAUCUCCCUCCGUUGGAAGUGCAGAUUUUACCUCACCAGGUAAGCCAUUCGAAGCAAUCGAAAUUAACACGCAGUGUGCGGAAAGAGACUCAACUGUCUACAACAAAGGGAUGUCGAAUUGCGGCGACCCGAUGCAGCGGACUCCAAAGGUAUCACCGAAUGGAAAAGCCGGAGCCACUGCUGCUGCAUCUUCGACGCCACGGACUAAAGUCAUUCGAUUCGGGACUAACUGUGAUCUUUCAGAUGAAGAAAAGUGGCUCCCACAGCUCCACGAGCUGACCAAACUUCCCACCUUCGUAAAGGUUGUGUCAGCCGCAAAUAUGCUCUCCCAUGUUGGAUAUCCCCUUCCUGGUAUCCCUGGUUCGAAGACACCUGGCCACCAAGAAAGUAACAACUUCUGUUCAGUUAACAUCAAUAUCGGUCCAGGCGACUGUGAAUGGUUCGCUGUUCCCGAGGCUUAUUGGGGCGCGAUGCACCGACUAACGGAGCGACACGGACUUAACUUUCUCACCGGGUCUUGGUGGCCGGACCUAGAGGAGCUGCGUCACGAGGGCAUACCAGUGUACCGGUUCCUGCAAAAGCCCGGUGAUCUAGUCUGGGUAAACGCAGGGACCGUUCACUGGGUUCAGGCCGUUGGAUGGUGCAAUAACAUCGCCUGGAACGUCGGCCCGCUGACGGCGAGGCAGUAUCAAUUAGCUGUUGAUAGGUUCGAGUAUAAUCGGUUAAUGAACGUCAAAUCCGUCGUCCCCAUGAUCCAUCUCUCCUGGCAAAUUGCCAAAAAUGUCAAAGUGGGGGACGCCCACCUGUACGAAUUAAUUAGACACACACUCCUUCGCACCAUGGUGAAUUCUCAGUUGACACUGGACUUUUUGGAACAGCUCGAUGUCUCAGUCAAGCGGCAUGGUAAAAAACCGGAUGACAUUGCUCACUCAUGUCAGGAUUGCGAUAUUGAAGUUUUUAAUUUGCUGUUCGUGACGACACAGGAAAAGAAAUCCGAGGUGCGGUGUUUGGCCUGUGCUCGGCGGAGUGACCCCACUCUCCGUUCAUUUACCGUACUCUCCGAGUACUAUAUGCACGAAUUGGCACUCAUAUACGAUAACUUCCAAUUACAGACGGUGAGUUUGCGCGGUUUUUCUAAUCUUUCUUUAAGUUCCCGAUAA